AUGGGCGCCUCCUCGGCGGACGACGACCCGGUCGCGGCCGUCCGCGCGAUGCUCGGGCGGAAGCUGCGCGUGCGCGUGACCGACGGCCGCGUCUUCUACGGCUACCUCACGUGCUUCGACAAGCUCGGGAACGUCAUGCUCGAGAACGCGACGGAGUGCCGCCCUGGCGCCGCGGACGGCGCGCUCGAGGACGACGCGAACGACGGCUCGUCGCUGGAGGCGGCCGCGAUCGGAGGCGCGUCCGCGGCGUCGUUGGAGAACGUCUGCCACGGCACGGACGAGGCGCGGCACGUCGGGUUGGUCCUCAUCGAGCUCGCGCAGAGGACGCGCGUGAGUUUGUGGGAAGACGGCGACGGCGACGGCGACGGCGCGGGCGGCGGGACGACGAGGACGGGGAUGGGCGGAGGGGUGCACCCGAAGGCGUUCGAGGCGAUGCGAGGCAUGGCGGACCUGUCGAUCGCCGCGACGGCGCCGAACGCGUAG